AUGUGGAGUGAUACCAUGCGCAUAUUCGCGCUGCUCCUCGGGGUUAAAGCCGCCUGCAUCCUGCUGGUAUCCUCACUCUCUGGCACGGGGGCGGUGAACAAUAGCGGCCGGUGGUGGGGCAUUGUGAAUGUGGCAUCGUCUGCCAAUCUCCUGACCAAUUCCAAGAACGUGCAGUUGGUUCUGGAUCCAAGUUUGGCGCUGCUCAGUCGUCGCCAGAGGAGACUGAUCCGACAGAACCCGGGAAUUCUGCAUGCCAUUGCAGCAGGCCUGCAUACUGCAAUAAAAGAGUGCAAGUGGCAGUUCCGCAACAGGCGCUGGAAUUGCCCGACCACCCACAGUCCCACAGUCUUUGGAAAAAUCGUCAACAGAGGUUGCCGAGAGACGGCAUUUGUGUUUGCCAUCACAAGUGCGGGCGUUACCCAUGCAGUAGCUCGGUCUUGUUCUGAGGGGGCCAUCGAAUCGUGCACCUGUGACUACCGUCGUCGUGGUCCUGGAGGCCCAGACUGGCACUGGGGAGGCUGCAGUGACAAUGUGGACUUUGGCAGGAUGUUUGGACGGGAGUUCGUGGACUCCAGCGAGAGAGGCAGGGAUUUACGGUACCUCAUCAACCUGCACAAUAACGAGGCUGGAAGAAUGACAGUUUCUUCAGAGAUGCGCCAGGAAUGCAAAUGCCAUGGAAUGUCGGGAUCCUGCACUGUCCGCACGUGCUGGAUGAGACUGCCCAGCUUCAGGGCGGUAGGAGAUUUUCUGAAAGAUCGGUUUGACGGAGCUUCCCGUGUCGUUUACGCCAACAAGGGCAGCAACCGGGCCUCACACAGGGCCGAUCCCCGUCACCUGGAACCUGAAAACCCAGCACAUAAACCCCCAUCGGCUAGAGACCUGGUCUACUUUGAGAAGUCACCCAACUUCUGUUCCUACAAUGGCAAAACCGGUACUCAUGGCACUUCGGGGCGAACCUGCAACAGUUCAUCGCCGGGACUGGAUGGGUGUGAACUGCUGUGUUGUGGGAGGGGCUAUAAAACCCAGACUGAAAAGGUGACAGAGAGAUGUCACUGCACCUUCCACUGGUGCUGCCAUGUCAGCUGCCUCAACUGCACCAGCACACAGACAUUACACCAGUGCCUUUGA